AAUGGAUUGAAUGCCCUUCACCUUGCCUCCAAAGAAGGUCACCUCAACAUUGUAACAGAACUGUUAAGCAGAGGAGCAAAUGUGGAAGCAGCAACCAAGAAAGGAAACACUGCACUGCACAUUGCAUCUCUUGCUGGACAUGAAGACAUUGUCAAGAAGCUGGUGGAGCACGGGGCACAGGUCAACCUUCAGGCUCAGGCGGGGUUCACACCCUUGUAUAUGGCAUCCCAGGAGGGACACGCAGAAGUGGUCAAGUUUCUACUGGCCAAUGGAGCCAAUCAAGGACUGUCCACUGAAGAUGGCUUUACACCACUGGCUGUAGCUCUACAGCAGGGUCAUGACAAGGUCGUGUCAGUUCUGCUUGAGCAUGAUGCCAAGGGCAAG